GUUCCCGUAUUUCAACCAGCAUAUUGUACCUCCACUAUAUUGGGUAGACAUUCCAAUAUCACGGGGCCAAUAUUGAAAGAAAUUGACACGAUGAGAGUAAAAGUUGACUGAACAAGUCUGUAUGACAUGCUCAUACGACUUCCUUUCUUGCACUAUUCUGAGUAUAAAAAGAACGUACGCUAUCGUUGUUGUAUCGUCAAUCGUCUUUCGUCUGUUCAAUUGCUUAGACAUCCAGCUUCUUGUAAAACUUCAUCGAAAAGCCCGUGUAGUUAUCAUGAAAUUCGCAGUGAUUUUCGUGAUCGCCAUGGCUUGUGCUAUGGCGGCUCCUCCAACCACAAACGGAGGCCUGUCGUUCGAGGAUGGAAAGAAUAGCGUCGUAAAAAGAUCCCCUGCCUUUGGUUCUGGAAAUCAAAACGUUGCAAAUCCUGUCGUGAGGAAACGUCGAGUCGGUGUCAUCGAUGGUAACGGACAAGUCGUUGAUCUUGACGACGACGAUCUUCGGUUUGUUACCACUGAUUUGACUGGCAGACAAGUGGCACUUACAUCGAAGCAAAACCCAAUCUCGGUAGCUAAUCGAGUUCCGGUUAGGACGUCCUUCCGCGGCUCUGGCUCUUCGGUCGGCAAGGCGACAGGUCACAUCGUAUUUGUCAAUAGCGAUGACAGUAAUGAAAUGGAUGAUUUCGACGAUAUCGAUGAUAUUGAUGAUUUGGUCAAUCAUUUCGUCUGAUGGCCGGAUUUUCCCAUUCGCUAAUAGCCAGAAUGGAGUUGGUAUUAUCUCUCAGUCUUCAGCCUUAAAUACCUUGACUUCGCCCGUUGCUGCAGCCGGCCGUCAAAUUAGGAUGAAAUCAGGAAGCCGCUCAAUCAAAGCGAGCUUCAUCAUCCACUUGUACUUGUCCCCCGCAACGAGAAAUUGUUAACCUCUCCCCGCAGAUCUCCUCCCGACCAAUGGGCUUUAUGCAAUUUAUGAGAUUUCCCAAACAGAGAUUUUCCCUUCCUUCUUUUCCUGGUAUCCAAUUCGUCUUCGACGAUUGAUUUAAGAAUUCAUAAUCAAGAGGAUUUCAAUGUAAGCUUAUGAAACGGUGGGCGAAUUCACUUUCCAUUAGUGAUAUCGGGCAAUCUAUCAAUUAUUUUAAUCCAAUGAGCUUUUGUAGUUACUGAAUAUGAUAAAUACAAUGGCUAUUUUAUUUUAAA